AUGAAAGUUUGUUUUUGUCUAGGCAUUGAAGAUUUACCUGAUAUUGGUGAAUGGCCCAAAUGGUGGCGAGAUGUGACAUCAUUGUAUGCUGCUGAAAUCGCUAUCAAUCAUAUUUAUUCCUCAACUCUUGGUCAUCAGCAUCAAUCUAAUGCUCUAGAUCAUGCAUCUUUCUCGCCCGAAUCAGUAUGGAAUGCUUGGCAUAUUCAUUGUUUACAUAAUGCUGAAUAUUUUGCGAAAUUCGAACAUCGAGAUGAGUUACAGGAAUUUCUAAAACAUCCACGACAAGACCGAGUCAAAAAAAUGAUCGAUGCUAGCUCAAGAGAUAUGGUUUUAUUUGAAGUUCUAAAUGAAUAUGAAAAAAUACAAAUGAACAAUGCAACGCCAAAUGGGAAAAUAGUAGUUCGUGAUUAUGUGAGAGCUUUGGCAUGGAGAAAAGCUUAUUCAGCUAUUGGUGCAAUUAAUUUGGACUAA